UCCUUGCUUGUCCCUUCCCGGAUCACGUGAGGCAGGCGGCCAGCUGGCGGCGGCGGCGGAGCGGAGAGGGGCAGCAGCGGAUGGGUGCCGGAGCCGGAGCCAUGGGGCAGUGCGGGAUCACCUCCUCCAAAACCGUCCUGGUCUUCCUCAACCUCAUCUUCUGGGCCGCAGCAGGCAUUCUGUGCUAUGUGGGAGCCUAUGUCUUCAUAACAUAUGACGACUACGAUCACUUCUUUGAAGAUGUCUAUACGCUUAUUCCAGCAGUGGUUAUAAUAGCUGUGGGGACACUUCUCUUUAUUAUUGGACUUAUUGGGUGCUGUGCCACAAUCCGUGAAAGUCGCUGUGGGCUUGCCACUUUUGUGAUCAUCCUCCUCUUGGUUUUCAUCACUGAAGUUGUGGUAGUAGUUCUGGGAUACAUCUACAGAGCAAAGGUGGAGGAUGAAGUUGAUCACAGCAUUCAGAAAGUGUAUGAUGCAUACAGUGGGACAAACCCUGAUGCUGCCACUCGCGCUAUUGAUUAUGUACAGAGACAGCUGCGCUGUUGUGGGAUCCACAACUAUUCAGACUGGGAGAACACUAAGUGGUUCAAAGAAACUAAAAAUAACAGUGUACCCCUCAGCUGCUGCAAAGCAUCCAGCACCAAUUGUACUGGCAGUUUGACCCACCCAAUGGACCUUUAUUCUGAGGGGUGUGAGGCUCUAGUUGUAAAGAAGCUACAAGAAAUCAUGAUGUAUGUUAUCUGGGCAGCUCUGGCAUUUGCUGCCAUUCAGCUGCUGGGCAUGCUGUGUGCCUGUAUAGUGUUGUGUAGGAGGAGCCGGGAUCCUGCUUAUGAGCUUCUUAUCACUGGAGGAACCUACGCAUAGAAGUUAAUGCAAACCUAAGCUUGAAUCUCUUAUUUACUUGGAAGGUGAAUGGGCCUGGUCUACUGCAGUAGUUUUCCUGCCUAUGUAGACUUAGCUAAAACACACCCUGCACAGAUGAGGACAGCUGUAAUGUACACUGGUGAUGAGCAAAGCAACUUGGCUUUCCACAUACCCAUAUACUUACCUGUGACUCACUAUUUUAGCCAGCUAUUCAUGUAUCUAAAUAUGUUUUAGUAUACUAGCAAACUUUCUAAUUUCAGAACCAUUUGCAGAUCAAGAUUAAUUUGGUUGACAUGAAAGUUAAAGGAAGUGUGCCUAAUUUGGUAGAUUACCUCUAAGCAUUAAUUCACUGAUUCUUACAUAUAUAUAUGGAAUCCUUUAAAUCUUCACUAUGUGGAACUUUUUUUGGCCAAAGUUGUACAAAGGAAGUCUGCUGUAUUUAAUUUGUGAUGGUAAAUAUUAAUUCUUACCUCUCACCAGUGUCGUUUUUUUAAAAACAUAGGUGAAGUCCAGUACACUUUAAAGAUAAAUUGUAGGAAAUGACUACUAACCAAAAUAAUUUUAGAAUCACAAGCGUGCAUCUUUGAUCUUCUCAAAUUCAGAGAUCCAAUCUUUCAAACUUUAGUGUUUUAAAAUAAAGCUGGCUUUUCAGGAGCAAAAUGUAUGCACUACUGUUCUAUAAAGAAUUUUCAUUUUUUCUAUGAAGAGCUGUUUUAUGUGUUGAGUGAACUGUUCUAUUGUAGAUCUUAAGUUGGUUUGGAAAUACUGUAGCCAUGUAGGGUAGCAAAAUAGUAUGUGAAAGUGAUCUCAACUGUAAAUAAUAAACCUGAUUAAAUAAAAUCUCUGUAUAUCCUCCCUCAAAA